AUGGAUGAAGCUCAAGCCGAUUUUACGCUGAAUUUGUUAAGGACAACCGCGGAUUUACAAAAAUCCGUCAUACUGUCUCCAUUUUCGGUUGCAGUCGCACUAACAAUGACCUAUAUUGGUGCUGGAGGUCAAACAGAAGAACAGAUGCUUGAUGUUUUGUCUAAAGGAAACAAUGCCAGUGAAAUUAGCAGUUAUUUUUCAUCUUUACUCACUGAAAUUUCUAAUGAAAAAAAAAAUUAUAUUUUGGACAUAGCGAAUCGACUUUAUAUUCGUCAAGACUGCCAACUGAAGCGAGCUUACCUUGACCUUAUCCAAACUCACUUUGUGGGACAGUUAGAGAAAGUAGAUUUCGACCAAAAGGAUACUGUUGUAAAGGAAAUCAACAAUUGGGUAAUGCAUAAGACAAGAGACAAAAUAAAAAAUUUUAUCAGUCCAGAUAAUAUAAAUUCGAAUACGAAAUUGCUACUUAUCAAUGCUAUUUACUUCAAAGAUAAUUGGGCUAAAAUAUUCAAUAAAGUAAUGACUCGAACAAAAACUUUCCAUGGCGAAAGAUCAAGACAGGUAGAAAUGAUGACGACAGAAGGAUCAUUUCCGUUUUAUGAAGAUAAUCUUGUACAAAUAUUGGGAAUACCAUAUUCAAGUCGUCAAAUUUAUAUGUUCAUUAUACUUCCAAAAGAGCACUUAGGUCUAUCUAAUGUUGAGAAAGAGCUUACAGGUCGAAAAUUGUUUGAUUAUAUACAAAAAUGCACAGAACGUGAAGUCCAACUGGAAAUGCCAAAGUUUAAAUUGGAGCAAAAAGUAGAAUUAAAAAGUUCAUUGCAAACUAUGGGCAUGAAGGAUGCGUUUACUUAUGCAGCGAAUUUCACAGGAAUCAGUGAUGAGUCUCUGUACAUUAGUGCUGUUCUCCAUCAGUCUUACAUUGAGGUGAAUGAAGAAGGUACAAAAGCAUCGGCAGCAUCUGGAAUUGAGUUACGCUUGCGCAGUGCUCCAAUAAUUCUUUCACCUAAGAUCAUAUUUCGUGCAGAUCAUCCAUAUUUAUUUUUCAUCAUCAGGAAUUCACGUGUAAUUUUAUUCAGCGGCCGCGUGCUUUAA